AUGCAAGUAAAACAAAACAGUCUUGAUUCCGGGGGGUACGCAGGUAUUGGACUUGAAACAGCACGCGUACAUGCCAUCAUCAUGGGACGUGAUAUGAUCAAAGGUAAAAAUGUUCUUCAAGACCUUCGACAAUCAACGGAAAAUGAACAAAUUAGAAUUAAUCGAACUUCAUCUGGAUUCAUUAGAAUCAAUCGAUCAUUUGCUGGAGAUUAUAUAAAAAGAGAUUCAUCGUUACAUGUAUUGAUUUGUAAUGCUGGUGUUGGUACUGGUACUCGUAGAUUAGCAAAGGAUGGUUUUGAAUCCGAAAAAUCCCAAAAUUGA